CAUAAUCAAGAUGUAGAAAGAAGAAUAUAUAAGGUUAGAUAAAAUUUGUGAAUAAAAUUUAUAUUUUAAAGCUUAAGAAUUUAUUUUAAUUCACAUAAUUUAUUGAUAUCGGUUAUUAAUUAUGUGUACUCCUACUGAAAUCAUUAAAAAUAUUUUCACCCCGUUUCAAGAUCAUAUAAAUGAAGAACAAGACACAAGAGAGGAAAUGCGUAAAAUCGUAAAGGAAAUAGAAAAACCUUUAAGAGAAAUAAUAACAAUUCUUCAAGUUAUACAUCAUGAAAAAGAUGUCGAAAAAAUGCACGCUGCUUGUAUAAACGCUAGGAAAACGUUUGAAGAAGUACGUCAAGGAUAUGAUUCCUUGAACAAAUUGAUACCUGCAGGGCAGUAUUAUAGAUAUAACGAUCAUUGGCGAUUUGCUACACAACGUUUGUGUUAUUUGGCCGGCCUAAUAAUAUUUUUGGAAAAAGGAAUUUUAAUUGAUAAGGAAACAGCUGCAAGUAUUUUAGGACUUUCCAAUCAGUCGAAUCUUCACUUAGAUUUAGAGGAUUAUCUCAUGGGGCUACUAAAUUUAGCUUCUGAAUUGUCAAGAUAUGCAGUAAAUUCCGUCACUUUGGGUGAUUACAAUAGACCUAUACAAAUUUCAAAGUUCGUGGCGCAGUUGAAUGCCGGAUUUAGGCUUCUGAAUCUUAAGAAUGAUUCUUUGAGAAAAAGAUUCGACGGAUUGAAAUAUGAUGUGAAGAAAAUCGAAGAAGUUGUUUACGAUUUGUCAAUCAGGGGAUUCGCUUCAAGUUCAUCUUCUACUGAGGUACAAGGAGAGGAAAAAUAAUAAGUACUGUUAUAAGUUUAAGUGUUUUGCAUUAGUUUUUUAUAUUUACUUGAAGGCAAGUUUUUGUAAUACAGGUAAGCAAAAUAUAUAGAAACAAUCUUUUCUUUA